AUGCUCAACAAGCAAAGGACUAGGCCAAGAAUGAAUACAUUACAGACUCCUUCAUUGUCUUCAAGGACUAUUUUCAAAGAUCCAAUAGAUUUUUUGAUUUCUAACGAUAUGUCGUCUGAGCUGAACAUUUUCAACAAGCCUCCAAAAACUUGUUUACCAGAUGUUUUUUCAUCAAGAUCAACUGCUAUUGAGACAAGUAGACGGCGAACACAGUUUAAACGCCGAACUUGUAUUCCUUGCAUGAAUUUUCCAAUUGAAGAAAAUUUGGCUUUAACCCUUAAAAGCCCAGAAGCAGCUGCAGACGACGGCCAAAUUUUGAGGCUAAAAAGUCAAAGUGUCCUAAAUUUUAAGCAUCCUUUAUCUGUUCGCAACAAAAAAGCUAGUGUAAUUUCAUACAAUUAUAAAUCAAAAAUAGGAGAAUCCAAUGGGAUAUAUAAAAAAUGCAACCAAGAUACGUACAUUGCUAAGCCAUUAUUCCACCAAGUCAAUGAGUUUUACCUUUUCACAGUUUGUGAUGGGCAUGGCCCAUCAGGUCAUGAGGUUUCUCAUUAUAUCAGAGAAAUGUUUCCACGUCUUGUUGAGGCUAAACUUAAGCAUAGAUCUUCAACUCUUAAUGAUUUAGAAGAUGCGCUUAAUAAAUCUAUAAAAAAGUUAACUGACCAAAUUGAUGAAAGCAAAAUGCCGACUGAAAGCUCAGGGAGUACUAUGAAUUGUGUACUGAUCAAUGGAAAUAAGCUAAUAUGUGCAAAUAUUGGAGACUCAAGAGCAGUUUUAGGGAGUUUAUGUAAUAGCUGGAAAUCUAAAGAUUUGUCAAGAGACCAUAAGCCUACAGAAGAAGACGAGAAAAACCGAAUAAUACAGUCUAAUGGGAUUUUAGACCAAGUGCAUAGUCCAAUUGGAAAAGGAAUUGGACCUUUAAGGGUCUGGCAAUCCGUAAAUAAUCAUGGACUUGCUAUGCCUGUUCAUGCAUUAAAAUGGCGUGAUGAAUCAACCCACCCUCUUAGCACCUGUAGCUGGGGAUAACCAGAGACCUUGUGGAAGAGAGGAUGGCGUUCGGUGAUGAACAUCCAGCCAGGUUUUUACUGGGUUUGGGUGGAGUGCAAUGUCGGAUUAGGCCGACUCCACUUAUUCCGGAUCAAGGUUUUACCUCUUGGUGGAUAUUUGAUCGGUAUUGGGAAAGAGAAAGCCCAGCAAAAUUUGCGUGACCAAUCGGGCAACUUUUCAAGCUCGAUACCAGGAGUUGCGUCCUGGACGAUGAAUUCUAUCUAGGUCGGCAAUUUAACCAGAAAAUUCGUUUUUUGAAUCUUCUGGAAGGGCACCCAAGUCUGGCGUACGGCAUGGUAACCCGGCUCACUUCCCUCGCCGUUUGAUGCGAGCCCCAGGCGACGAGGAUUUUACCUCUAGAGGCGGUGGCAGGCGGCCAACAACGAAUCAAGGUGGAGAUACGCACUCGCGGAUACUAAUGGGAAGCUUUUCAAUAAUAUCAUAAUAUUAAUGCUAUGUCUCGUUCAAUUGGAGACACAAUUGCCCAUGGAUUUGGAGUAAGCUCAGAACCUGAAUUUACCAGACACCAUUUGACUGAAAAUGAUAAAUUUUUAAUCGUUGCUUCAGAUGGAAUAUGGGAUGUCAUUUCUAGUGAAGAAGCAGUUAAAAUCGUAGGAAAAGUAUUAGAUAAAGAUAAAAGAGAAGCUUGCUGUGAUGCACUAAUUAAUGAAGCAGCAAGAAGAUGAAAGCACGUUCACAAUAAUUCUGUGGACGACAUCACUGUUAUUGUAGUUUUCUUUGGCUUACAGAAGUUGAGUUUGGGGGUACAUUAG